CUUUAUAUAAACCAACAAAAUAUAACAUCGCGCAAUCUUGAUUCUAUUCAUUGUUGUACUAUUUAAGACGUAUAUUAUAUGAGCUCCAAAUAAAGGCUCCUGUAUACGAGCAGUUAUAGUUGAGAUUGUAUAUGAUCAAAUUAGACGCGGUAAAGCUCGAAGACGAGCAUCCCGGAGCCGAUGAGGAAACAACUUUUAGUCGCCUUUGGAAUCUUGUUGACCUUCGCAGCUGUAGGAAACGGUUUGAGCUGUUAUCAGUGCACUGCUUACGAAGAGCAAGAGGCAUGCCAGAGUUCGAAUUGCUCGUCCACAUUCGAUAGAUGUUCCACGACCACAGUUGUCGACCAAGAUGGCACGAAAAGUCAUGAAAGAUCAUGCAACCAUGCUGAUAUUUGCAAUACUGAUAGGGAGUGUCGUAUCGAAAAGGCAGCUAAUCCACAUCUGAAAUCAUGUGAUUUUAAAUGCUGUAGCACCGAUGAUUGCAAUAACCCAAGCGAAAAGGUUUUGAAAUGUAAUGUUUGUGAUAGAUCGAAAAGAGGACAGAAAUGCAAAAGCAUGAGCUGCAAGUACGGACGUGACAGAUGUGGCGCGGGAAACAUUGCCUUCAAAAAUGGUACUGAGUGGUCUGCGAAAUACUGUACCACUGCUUAUAAUUGCAAACGUGAUCAGCGGUUGUGUGAUAAAUUAAUGGCCUCGAAUGAAGUGAAAUCCUGUGACAUUAAAUGCUGCAGUACCGAUAAUUGCAACAGUGGCGCAGAUGGUGUGACCGUUGCAAAAUUCACACUUUCUUUAAUGACAAUGCCAAUGGUGUGUUUAGUUUCCAUGUUUUUUUUGAGGCCUUAAUGUAAUGUGAAUGCAUUCACAUCAGUGCACGCAAUUUCUUAAUGAUAAUCUAUUCGCGUAGUUUACCACUUUAACAUGUUAUCGACUGUAUUAUAAACAAGACC